GACACUCUGGUUUUAGUCUCUGUGUGUCCCAUUCAACGUUUAAUUUGGCUUUCUUGCCAGAUGAUGGAUUGGGUUUAAGGAUGUCCUCUAUCUCCUCUUUUUUUAACGAUAAAUUCCAGGAUCUUUUAUUUUGUUUUUGGAAGAGUCACACUGACUUAUCGAGUGCACACUAAAGGGUCUCCAGCCGCUGAGGUCAGGGGAUGUAUGGCCACACGGAUCAAUAGCAGGAUAUCACAUUAAAGCUGUCUGGUCAGCAUACUGUUAUAUCCUUGCAUUUCUCCUACAGUCGUCCACCUAAAUCCCCUCUUGUUCAUUUCUUUGUCCCAUCUGUCCUUUCCCACGUGUAUCAACUUCAGAGCAUCUUAUCCGCCUCCCUCCCCUCACGCUCUCUCUUUAUCUAUCUCUCUUUUAAUCACGCCGAGUUUACAGUAUCACUUUGUCAGCUGUGUUUUGUCAUCUUCUGUCCGUACUGUUACAUCACAUUUAUCUUUUGCUUUCCGUUUAAAACCUGGCAGAUCAUCACCUCUUUAAACCACCCCUAAACAUCUGUGCUGCCCUCACGGCUCCAUCUGUGACUGCAGUUGUACCCUCUGUCCUCUUUGUCCUAUUCCCACGUGCAGCAGCUGCCCCCUCUUGGCCUGACUCUCCCCUCUCUCUGUCUCUCUCUGGCCUCCCCCCGCGUCUCUCUUCACCUGUGUGGCCAUGCUGGAGCGUCUGUCCCGUCGCUCUCGCUCCCUGCUCUCCCUGACCUUGACCACUCUGGCUCUGGCCCUCUCCAUCCUGGCUCUCUGCACCUCUUACUGGUGUGAGGGCACCCACAAGGUGGUGAAGCCCCUCUGCCUGUCGCCCGUCAAGAUGAAGAACUGUGGUCAGAACAACAGCGAGCCUUACACCACAGAGAGUCCCACUCAGAACCCCUUCAACCGCACCCUGUCUCCAGCCAGGCGGGAAGAGCUGGCCAAAAUCAGACAGAGGCAGCUGGCCAACGCAGUUCAAUACAUCUGGGAGACGGGAGAAGACAAGUUUGCUUUCAGAUACUUCCACACUGGUUUCUGGGAAAGCUGCGAGAAACACAAUGAUGGGGAGAAAUGUCGAAGCUUUAUAGAUUUAACACCUGGAGAAACACAAGGUGUGCUCUGGCUGUCAGUCAUUUCAGAGUUUACAUACAUCGGUCUGCUGGGCAUGGGCUUCUUACUGAUGUGGCUGGAGGUCUUGUGUUCUCAUAAAGAGAUGCACUCACUAAAAAUCAAUGCCUAUGCAGCGAUCUGUACUGUGUUAUCAGGUCUUCUUGGGAUGGUGGCCCAUAUGAUGUACACAACAGUGUUUCAGAUGACAGUCAUUGUGGGCCCCAAAGACUGGCGGCCUCAGUCCUGGGACUACGGCUGGUCAUUCGCUCUUGCCUGGGUGUCCUUCAGUUGCUGCAUGGGAGCCGCUGUGGUCACACUCAACUCCUACACAAAGACCAUCAUCGAGCUCCGCCGCAGACAGAGGCUGCGUUUGGAGGAAGCCAGAGCCGCCACUCACGCUCCUGCCUAUGAUGAGGUUGUUCCAGGAGGUGGGCUCUACUCUGUCAGCGGCCUGCUGCAGUGUCCAGACGGCAUGAUUGACGUAGCGUGGGCCCCGAACGGAAGUGUGGUAGGAGUGGGAAAUGGGGAUGUGCCAACGCUGGUUUUGGUAGGAGGCUGUGGGCCAGAGGGGUGUGAAGACUGUGAGAGAGAGAUGGAUGAGAUGGACGAGGCCAUGGACCGAGUCGAUUCACCUUGUUAGGGAAUUUAUACUCAUCAACUUAAAAGGGCUGAAAAAGGAAAAACGCUGUCACCGUGCAGGAGAAGGAUUGAUGUGAGCAAACAGAUCUGUUGUUUCUUCUCUUUCACUUUGACUUUCAGUGACGUUGGGACGUACUUAUUGCACUUUGCGGUCCUUGAUUCAACGCAUAUCUAAUUGCAAAGACUACAGUGUAUAGAUAUGUCACACUGACAUGCAAGAUUGCAUG